AUCAAGUCACAUGUCACAUUGUGAAAUAAAUCAAUUGAGCUUACAAUUAUUACAAUAUAUUUGUAAUUCUACAAUAAACGCCAUUUACAAAAGUCGCAUAGUUUUUUUACCGUCUCUUUAAAAUAAUCCUUCGUGAAGCUCAAAUAAAGUCAGCAACAAAGCUCAUUAACCCGAUAGAUCAUUUUGUUGAGCGUUGACACCUCUUUAAGAUGUCUGCUUCGAAGAAUAACCAGAACCUCAAUCAACUGGCAUCUGGCAAUGACAGCAUAAUGGUUGGAAUACUCUUUAAUGACGGUGUCAUUAUAGCCAUCACCAUGACGAGCCAUCUCAUAUUCUAUUUGGAUGAUCGCAUUUACUGUUGCGCCAGAAGCACUGGCUACGAUCACGACUCAUUGCUGGAAGUGGCAACCGAACUGGAGGAAAUAUCAUCGCACACAGUAGGCUACAAGGGAGCUUUGGUGGCUCAAGCAUUGGAACUGCUCACAAAGAAGUACGAGAAUCACCAGGAUUGCGAACUACUGCUGGCUGGUGAGGAUGUUUGUGGCCUGCACUUGUUCACGCUAACUUCCGAUGGCUACACGUGCGCCUGCUAUGCAGCCUUGGGACCAGGAGCCGAUGUUGCCAACGAUUACUUGGGUAACAAUUGGAAAAAAGACAUGAGCUUAAAAGAGGCUGAAUCUCUAGUACGCAGAACAAUUGCCAAGAGUAGAGGAUACAAUGCCAAAGUUGAUCUAUGCAUCGUAUUUAAGAGCCACUAGGAGAUCCAAGUAGCCGACUAAAUAUCAAUGAUCUGCAUUCAGAUAGUUCCUAUAUGACUGAUUAUUGUAAAACUUAUUGUACCAACAAACAAUUUGUAUUGGUUGAGCUUGAAGCGAAAAUAAAUUAGUUGUUGAUGCUCAGCUGGCCCAGAACGCAAUGUAAAUAAUUAAC